AUGCCGGUACAAACCAGUCCGCCGUCCUUUCCGGACUCGUUCCCUUCAUUUAUGUCCGUCUACGGUGGCUUGCCUCCCCAAUACGAGGAAGAAAGCUCCUGUCACCUCCAAGCCUCCGCUCAUUUUUCUUCGAGACGUCUUCGUCCUCAUCGCGAGAGUAUAUCUUCUACUGCCUCUGCCUCCACGGAAUCCUCACCUACCACCACCAUCUCUCCCUUUGACUCGCCUUCGGGCGGGGAUAUCUCUCCUAGUUCCUCCCCAGAAUCACCUUCGGUCAUGUCCUUGUCAUACCCGAAAUUGGCGCCCCCUGCUCGUGCUCUCGAAGUGGCGCGUCCGACCAUGUCAGACAGCUCUAGGUUAUUGUCCGCGCCCCAGGUGCGCCCGGACUCGCCCAAUCGUCGAGCCCGUAAUUUGAAGAACUUGUCGUUGCGAAUGCCACCCCCGACACAGUCACGACCCCCAAUUGCUACCGCAUCUUUGGUGGAGACCUCUUCCCCCCCCAAGAGCGCCCGGCGGCGUCCCGCGAACCUCACCAUCCAAACACCCACUUUCAACAAAUCCUUUACUGGACCUGACAUUGUACCCCCCACUCCUUCCCUUGGGCAGCAUUCAUUACGACAUGCAGAGUCAUCGCCGUCACUGGCAUCAAUCAGCUCGCCGUCGUUUGCCCCGCAAGGUGGCAUGCAGCUUCCUCGGCCCAUGUCGCAUCAUAGCACCCGUCGUUUUUCCGGCACAUCCCUCGAUACUGUUCCUUCCCUGGCUUCUAUUCCCGAUAAAGAAACUACAUCUCACCGCGUUCUCCCUGGCCUGGAAGAAGAGGACGACCACAUCGACUCUCGCGAGUCCACCCGGAAGAAGGACCGUGGAUACCCGGACGGUCCCAUUCGGAUCCACGACACUGGCGUUUACCUGUACCUGGAACCGAACGCAGAGGAAGCGGCGCGAUUCGAUGUGGUGAUCAAUGUCGCGAAAGAAGUUCGCAACCCAUUCAACAAGGAACAAGGGGAGCGAAAUGACACUGUGAUGAGCACAUGGCGGAACGCGUCCAUGGCAUCCAAGCGAUUUUCCAUGGAGGAUCCUCAAACCGCCAUGUCAGAGAUCUCUUUUAAGUCUGCGUUUGAAUUCCAGCCCGACUCGGAAUCUGCGACGCCCACUACCUCCACCCCGAAAUCCGCCCCGCCAGAGUAUAUUCACGUCGGUUGGGACCAUAACUCCGAGAUCUUGGACGACCUCCUUCCUCUGUGUGAGCUGAUUGAUGAGCGGAUCGCCCAGGGCAAGAAAGUGCUAGUUCAUUGCCAAUUGGGAGCUAGUCGGUCAGCGUCUUUGGUCAUUGCGUAUGGUCUGUAUAAGAACCGUCAUAUGGACUUCAACUCCAUGUACGAAGCGGUCAAGGGACGCAGCCAAUGGGUGGGCCCCAACAUGAGCCUCAUCUACCAGCUUACUGAUUUCCGGGGCCUUUUGACACGCGGAUCGCCGUCGCGCCCUGCUCCUCAUGAGUGGUGGUCGAAGAGCGGCAACCGAAGGAGCUCGGAGCCUCAACUCACACAAGAGGAGCGAGCAACGCUGGCAGAAACCCCUCAGCCUCCUUUCCACGGCCUGUCCCAAGCGCCCUCAGUGGAUUGCUUAGCCAUUCCACCCCCGCGCCUGUCUCGUCCCAAGACCAGUGAUAACGGGAAUCGCUCGCCGAAGCGCAGCUUAUCCCCUCGUCCAUUGCCAUUCCGGCAAAAGUUCCAGUCUGUGGAGCCUGCAUUUGGGAGACCUAGAGGUAUCCCACGUAACGUGAACAGCUGUGAUCCCCUCGUCCAAACUCAUGUGUUCGUGCGCGAUGCCCCAAAUCAUGGCGGUUUAUUCUCGCCAAGCGCUGGUCUGUUCUCACCGAGAACCUCGGGCUUCCUAGCUCCACCUGCUCCUUUGCCCCCUCGAGGCAUUGAUUCCGUGACCGAUGCCCCCAGCGCUGCGCAAUAUGCUAAGGACAUAGCCGAUCCCAGAUCUCCUCCCCCUCCUGCAGGAGGUGAGCGCAUGAUCAUGAGGAACAUCGACGAGUUCCUGUAA